AUGGAUGCUAUAUACGACACUAUUGAAAAUGGUUAUAAAGUUGGUUUGUUUGAAAGUCCAACCGGAACGGGGAAAACUUUGUCAAUAAUAUGUUCCACCAUGACCUGGUUAAGAGAUUACAAGAGAAACCAUGUGUUUGAUAUUGAAGACGUAUCGGAAGAAAGUAGCGAUGAUGAGCCAGAGUGGGUGAAGAAUGCCUAUAGAAGUUCCAUAGUUGACAAAUCAAAAGACAAGCUCAAACUGUUUGAACUACAUUUGGACCAAGUGGAAAAGAGUUAUACAGACAAGGUGAGAGCAGAAUCGGCAAUACAGCAAAAAGUCAAAAGGCGGCAGGUGACUCAAGAGGACACAUUCCUACCAGAAGACUACCACAGUGAUACAGAAUCGUCUGCUUCUAUUGAAGCUCAAAACUUGAAGCUCAACAAAGAAAUCGAUAGGUUGAUGCGUCGCGACGAACAUGAUGAGACCAGGGACUACUCCAAUUGCAAAACAAAGAUAUUCUUUUCCUCGAGAACACAUUCCCAACUAAAUCAGUUUUCAAGUCAACUACGUCUCACAACAUUUGACGCAUCGUUUGAUGACAUGACUGAACGAACUAAAUAUUUGCCAAUCGGAUCUCGAAAGCAGUUGUGUGUCAACGAAAAAAUAGCCAAAAAAGGUGACCAAAGUAUCAACGAUGCUUGCCUUGAUUUACAAAAGACUAAAGAAGGUUGUUCAUAUCUCACAAAAGAUCAAUCGUUGAGUAAAGAGUUUUCCGACUUGAGUCUAUCCAGAAUUCGUGAUAUCGAAGAUCUAGCAACAUUAGGAACAGACCUACACACUUGUCCUUAUUACUCAAUAAGAAAAGGAUUGGAAUCUGCCGAAGUAGUUUCGUUGCCCUACCAGCUACUUUUCCAAAGAUCUGCUCGUGAAGCUUGGGGCCUCGACAUCGAUGACUCAAUUGUUAUAAUCGACGAAGCACACAACAUCAUUGACUCGAUAACGUCGUUGUAUUCGGUAAACAUCAGUGUUUGUCGACUCCACAAAGUAGUGCAGUCUUUGAAGGUGUACUUGGCGAAAUUUGCCAAAAGAUUAAAUAGUGGAAAUCGGAUUCAUAUCAUCAAAUUGACAAAGGUUUGCAAAUUAUUGAUAACAUUCAUGGAAUCACAACUGGCCUCCCCAGGUCAAGAAGUCAAAGUGGAGGAUAUUUUUCAAGAUUCAACCGGCGAUUUGGUAAACAUACAUAAAUUAGAUGAAUACUUGACAAAGUCGAAAAUUGCCUACAAAAUUGAGUCUUAUAUGGAGAAAACCGAAGGUAACCAUACCGCUGCCUCACCUGUACUCUUUGAAAUUGCUAAAUUUCUUCGUGCUUUAACCAAUCCUAGAAAGGAAGGUAAGUUUUAUUGGGAUAAACCGGCAAACGAACUCGAAUUGCGAUAUAUGCUAUUGGAUCCGAGUGUCGUUUUCAACGAAAUUGUGACUGAAGCUAAAUGCGUAUUGCUCUGCGGUGGUACAAUGGAACCAAUGACUGACUUCACCGAAUUCUUGAUGCCCCAUGUGCCCAACCAAAAGGUUAAAAAGUUUUCGUGUCAACAUGUUAUACCGGAGAAUAACUUGAAAGUAUUCACUGUUGAAAAAUGGAGCUCUGUGUUUGAUUUUCUGUUUAACGCACGAAAUGAUUGUUUGCAAUUGGAUAAAUUGGGCGACUUUAUUCUACAAGUAUGCCAAGUGGUUCCUCAUGGUAUUGUGGUGUUUUUCAGUAGUUACAAUUUCCUAUACAAAGUGACACAACAUUGGCAGCAAACCAACGCCUUUCAGAAAAUCGCCGCUUUAAAAACAGUGUUUCAAGAACCGACAAACUCUUCAAAUGUCGAUUCUGUCCUAUCCGAUUAUUCGCAAGCUAUCAAUUCACACAAAAGGGGGGCUAUUUUGUUCUCAGUCGUUGGUGGGAAAUUAGCCGAAGGAAUCAACUUUUCUGACAAUUUGGCGCGAGCAGUCAUAAUGAUUGGGUUACCAUAUCCUAAUGCAUUUCUGGGUGAAAUAAUUGCUAAAAGAGCAUUCAUCGAGUCUCUGGUUAUUGAAAAGGGAGGCUCGCCACAAAGGGCCAAGGAAUGUUCGAAUGAGUAUUAUGAAAAUUUGUGCAUGAAGGCGGUAAAUCAAAGCAUUGGACGUUGUAUACGACAUGCAAAUGACUACGCCUUGAUUUACUUGGUUGACAGGAGAUAUAAACAGCCACGAGUGCGUAAUAAAUUGAGUAAAUGGGUCAAGAAUCGACUUGUGUUUGAUGGCGAUAUUAUUGAUGAUUCAACACGAUUUUUCCUUGCUAAAGAAAAGUAA